AUGUCAAGAGCAUCAAAGAUCUUCUUAGCGUCCUCCUUCCUAGUCUCCGGAGUGACAGUGUGGGGUGUACAUUAUAUACAGAAAAGGGAAUCUGACACAAUGUAUCAGGGGGUGGUAAAGGACGAAGCUCGAAUAGCAGCCAAGGCAGCUGCCUCAGCAGCUGCGGCAGUCCUCAAACCUAUCACUCCAUCUGCACUUACUUCCACACCUUCAAAGGAUGUAGCAAGUACAGCUCACUCGUCUGGAACACCAUUAAAUACACCUUCGUCGCCUGUCCAACAACCUGCUCCCGUGAUCGACGAGGAAUGUACGACCUGUGUGAUAUCGCCUCCACCGCAAUUGCUCGAAUCGCAAUCGAAGGAACAGCGAGCCAAAGAAAGGGAAUUGAGGAUGAAAGAGUAUAACGAACAGAAGAGUCUGGAUAGUAGGUUGAGGAAUGAGCAGGGUGUUAGUGAGCAGCCGACGGGAACAAGGCUGGUGUAG